AUGUGCGCGUGUCGACAGAAAAAGUCUUCCUUCUUCAUAAAAGAUAUUCUAUGUACAGAUAAGAAAGUUAAUGAUAACGGCGAUACAAGCAAAGAUGUUCACACAAAUACCAAUGUUCGGACGGGAGUCGCGGAAUUAGAUAUUGAACACAGAAGAAACCCAUUUCCUGUGUAUCCCACGCCGAUUAAACCAAAUUAUGGCUGGCCAUACAAAUUGAAGAGCUUUGAAAGACAACCUGCUGUAUAUAGCGAACCGAUGUUCAAUUCAAACCUCUUGCGCGGUCAGUUAUCUUGGAACAGGUUCGCGACGCCGCGGCCGGCGUCAUUUAGCUUACGACUGCCUUACAACUUUGAAAGAGCGUCAUGCUGCAGUCCUUGGUGGGGUAUGGGAGGAAGAAGAAAAGGGGGGCAGGUGAGAUUUAGCGCUGCGCAAACGGGUGCUCUUGAACGGAGGUUUAGUGCUAGUAAAUACCUGAGUCCUGAUGAGAGAAGAGCAUUGGCAUCAUCGCUAAGACUAAGCGACAGACAAGUUAAAACGUGGUUUCAAAAUCGACGUGCUAAGUGGCGUAGGACCACAUCAGAAUGUUCAGACCCCGGCAGCCCUAGCAGUGCCAAUGAGGAAUCUGAUGAUGAUGUACUCAUUUCUGAUCCUUGA